AUGGCGAAGCACGAGCAGAUCCUGGUCCUCGACCCGCCCACAGACCUCAAAUUCAAAGGCCCCUUCACAGAUGUAGUCACUACAAACCUUAAGUUGCGAAAUCCGUCAGAUCGAAAGGUGUGUUUCAAAGUGAAGACGACAGCGCCUCGUCGGUACUGUGUGCGGCCCAACAGUGGGAUCAUUGACCCCGGGUUGACUGUGACCGUUUCAGUAAUGCUGCAGCCUUUUGACUAUGACCCCAAUGAGAAGAGUAAACACAAGUUUAUGGUACAGACCAUCUUUGCUCCACCAAACAUUUCAGACAUGGAAGCUGUGUGGAAAGAAGCAAAACCCGACGAAUUAAUGGAUUCUAAAUUGAGAUGUGUAUUUGAAAUGCCCAAUGAAAAUGAUAAAUUGAAUGACAUGGAACCCAGCAAAGCUGUUCCCCUGAACGCUGCGAAGCAGGAUGGGCCCGUGCCAAAGCCGCACAGUGUUUCCCUCAAUGACACCGAGACGAGGAAGCUCAUGGAGGAGUGCAAGCGGCUGCAGGGGGAGAUGAUGAAGCUGUCGGAGGAGAACCGGCACCUGAGGGAUGAAGGCUUACGGCUCAGGAAGGUAGCACAUUCGGAUAAACCUGGAUCCACUUCAGCUGCGUCCUUCAGAGAGAACGUCACCAGUCCUCUUCCUUCACUUCUUGUUGUCAUUGCAGCCAUUUUCAUUGGAUUCUUUCUAGGGAAAUUCAUCUUGUAG